GAGCAUCGCUCAGAAGUUUUGCAACAACGAGUUCACCAGACAGUACACGCCAACGUCUGGAAUCGACUUCUUCCUAAAGAACAUCAGUAUCGGUUACUAUAAGAAUGUAAAUCUACAUUUGUGGGACGUGGGCGGCCUCGCUCUUCAUGGGAACAUGCUGGACAAGUACUUUUUCGGAGCUCACAUCAUACUUCUAGUCUACGACGUCACGAACAGUUUCAGCUUCGAAGUUCUAGAAGAAUGGAUAAGCAAAAUCAGAAAGCUGAGCAGCGAUUACGAGGAAGCUCCUCUGAUGGCUGUGGUUGGAAAUAAAUGUGACGUCGAGCAUCAAAGAUCGGUGAAAAAGGAUCGAACGCACAAAUUCGCGGCGGAAAAUGGAUUCCCGUCUCACGAUGUGUCCGCGAGGACUGGCGAGGCUGUAUCUUUGUGUAUAGUGACUUUAGCAGCGCAGAUAUUGGGCGUUCGCUUAACGAAAACGGAUCAGGAGUAUCACAAACCAAUAAUCAUAGCGGAGAUAGGUGACACGGUUGACAUGAGCACGGUUCACAAAGUUGUCAAGAGAAUUCCCGUGAAAAAACAUCAGAUACCUUUUUACCCUCAUUUACCUGGUUCGAAGUCGGCAGUGUGUGCAUUGCAAUGAAUAUCACCGAGUUCUAAACUUUUAAU